AGCCCAGCACUGCUCAGAAAAGACAGAUAGAGAAUCAGGCGGCUGCAAAGGGUGGCAGUACGACCCUCUUUUGGGGGGGUCUGAUUAUAACAAAAUAUAUACACACAUAUAUGCAUGCCCAGGGCCGCAAGAUAGCUCAUAUGCCGAUUGUAGAUAUUUUAGCAAACAUCUAGAGGUCUAUCUAUACAUUUCAAAAUGCCUAUUUUACUUUUUCUGAUAGACACGUCCGCUUCUAUGAAUCAGCGCACUUAUUUGGGUACGACGUAUCUGGACAUUGCUAAAGGCGCGGUUGAGAUCUUUAUGAAGCUGCGUGCCCGAGACCCGGCUAGUAGAGGCGACAGGUACAUGCUAGUUACAUUCGAUGAUCCACCAUACGGCGUAAAGGCGGGUUGGAAAGAGAAUCAUGCCACAUUCAUGAGCGAGCUGAAGAACCUGCAGGCGUCUGGACUGACUACACUGGGUCACGCUCUCCGCGCCGCCUUCGACCUGCUCAAUCUCAAUAGACUAGUCUCUGGCAUCGACAACUAUGGUCAGGGUCGGAACCCGUUCUUUCUGGAGCCAUCGGUCAUUAUUACGAUCACAGAUGGAAACAAACUGACACACAGCUCUGGGGUGGCUGAGGAGCUACACCUGCCCCUGAAUUCCCCGCUGCCGGGUAGUGAGCUGACUAAGGAGCCGUUCCGCUGGGACCAGCGACUCUUCGCCCUGGUCCUGCGGCUGCCAGGAGUGGCCGUGCCUGACAGCGAGCAGCUGGGCAGUGUGCCCACUGAUGAGUCUGCUAUCACCCAGAUGUGCGAGGUCACUGGAGGUACAGCCAAUCAGCAGCCCUGGCACUGCCACAAACUCAUUUACAGUCCCGUCCAAAAGGUUUUGAGUGGAGUCGUAAUACACUUUGAGAAGAGCGGCCCCGAUCCACCUGUGAUAGGUGAAGAUGGUCUUGUGGAUCCAGCUCGUCCUUUGUCGUCCUUUAGUCCGCAGCCCUGGCACAGCUGCCACAAACUCAUUUACGUCCGUCCCAACCCCAAGACGGGCGUUCCUGUGGGUCACUGGCCAAUCCCAGAAUCCUUCUGGCCUGACCAGAACUCCCCCACUUUGCCUCCACGAUCUGCCCAUCCCCUGGUGCGCUUUUCCUGUAUCGACUGUGAGCCGAUGGUUAUUGACAAGCUGCCUUUUGACAAAUAUGAGCUGGAGCCUUCACCGCUCACCCAGUACAUCUUGGAGAGGAAAUCUCCUCACAUGUGCUGGCAGGUGUUUGUGAACUGCAGCGGUAAACACAGUGAUUUAGCUCACCCGUUCGGCUACCUGAAGGCCAGCACCACUCUCACCUGUGUCAACCUCUUCGUCAUGCCUUACAACUAUCCCGUCCUGUUGCCACUCCUCGAUGAUUUGUUUAAAGUGCACAAGCUAAAGCCAAACCUCAAGUGGCGACAGGCCUUUGAAAUGUACCUGAAGUCCAUGCCUCCUUACUUUCUCUUGCCUCUCAAGAAAGCGCUGAGGAUGAUGGGAGCCCCAAAUCUCAUCUCUGACAACAUGGAUUGUGGCUUGAGCUACAGUGUCAUUUCCUACCUAAAAAAACUCAGCCAGCAGGCAAAGAUUGAGUCAGAUCGUCUGAUUGUGUCUGUUGGGAAGAAGCCUCCUCAAGAGACGGGUAUCAAGGUUAAGAAUCACUCGAGUGCCCUGUCUCUGGCACACCGCUGCGAUUUCAAGCAGCUCCUGCAGGGCAUCACAGGAGAGGUACCCCUCCGACUCAUCGACAUGAACUUCAAGGAGUUUGCAGGUUUCCAGAUUGCACUUCUCAACAAGGAUUUGAGGCCCCAGGCCUAUAGGAACGCUUAUGAUAUUCCACGGCGGAACCUUCUAGAUCAAGUGACUCGGAUGCGUUCCAAUCUUUUGAGGACAACACAGAAGCUAAUCAGAGGCCAGGAUGAUGAUUCCUUGCAUAGUAUUCCAGUGGGGCAGAUGGGAAAUUAUCAGGAGUACCUGAAGAUGAUGCCGUCACCUCUGCGUGAGAUUGAUCCAGACCAACCUAAACGACUUCACACAUUUGGCAACCCAUUCAAGCAGGACAAGAAGGGAAUGAUGAUCGAUGAAGCAGACGAGUUUGUGACAGGCCCGCAAAACAAGAAGCGGGGUAACACUGGGGAUCUUAACUCGGGCACUGCCCUGAAGAGGAGGAGGAGUAUGUCCCCUCUGCUGCGCCGACCUCAAACUCCUCCAAUAAUAACCAACCAUGUCCUCAGCAAGGGCCCCGCGGGGACUCAGGGCCAGCAAGGAAUCAUUAAACCCAUCCCACUACACAAAGGAGCUGAGGGAAACAGUGUAGGAGGCACGGAAAGCAACGGGGAGCGAGUGCCAGGCGGGGAGGCUGGAGACGGGUGGCCUGGAGGAGUGGAUGGAGAGGGAGGAGGACCUGCGUCUGUGGACGACGGAGGUGACGCGGAGACACCAGACGGCGAGGAGGAGAGAAUGGGCCUGGAGAACUGUCUGGAUGAGAGACCCUCCGAUCUCACACCGAACUGUGAGGACCUGAGUCCUCCGGGCCAGGAGGGGGUGGUGGAGGGCAAUGGAGAAGACGCUCCGGCACAGGGCACAAUUCUUAUGAUCCCCCUGGAGGGGAGUAACGCGGAGCUGCGCACUCGAGUCCUCAAAGAAGUCCGCAAGCCCGGCCGCAAUUAUGAGGCGAUAUUCCGGUUACUGGAGGAGGUGAAGGGGCCAGUGUCGGUGCAGAGGUACUUUAUUCAUCAUGCCAUCAAAGAGGCAGCCAGGUUUAAGAAGCGUGUGCUGAUCCAGCAGCUGGAGAGCGCUCUGGAGGAGAUCGAAGACCGACAGAUGCUGCCCGCACAACUCAACAACGUCCACAGCAGAUAGUGAGACGUCACAUCUCCGAGCUGAGAGACGGAGACAACAGAAGCGGCAGAGCGUGCCAACUGAGCACACGGGCCGUCCCAUCAGCCUCAGCACUCUGCUUUAGGAGGGAGAGGGUGAAGCAGAGAAGACGGAGGCCCGUCUGGCUCACGCUCCGGUCCAGGCGCUUCCAGUUACUGCAUUGUGUCACAAAGAGAGGGCUCACAACGGAGAGGUUUGACAGGAGGCCGGUUCCAGGCCUGAAAGUGGCCGUAAUUUAACCACGAGAUAAUGAAUAAUGAAUAAGCACACUCCAGAAAAGCCAAGCCUCAUCCACUGUGUGAUUUUUACAGGGUCAUCCGAGGCAGAGGUCAGCGUCUGUCACUUGAAGUAUGUUUAUAUAUUAUGUCUGUGCGUCCACUGUUAUUUGGCGUCGAUGAACAGUUCAGAUCUGAUAAUGGUAUGGAACAUCUAUGACGGAUUUGUGUUUGCAUGAAAUGCCCGCAAGUCAACACGGCUGGACCUUUAAAAAGCAGUCUGGAUUACACUAUUGUAGACUCGAUAGCAAUAACCCUACAAUCAUCAGUUUCGCCAAGCUCAAUUUAACCACGAAAAACACGUUUUUAAAGCAGAUUUUUCAGAAGAACAUCCUUAUGACUUAAUUGUGAGAUUCGGUAGCUGGUCGGUUGUUGUAUCCGUGGUGAUAUGUCAAAUAGAUUAGCAUCAUUCAGUGUCCAAUAAGCAAUAGUGUCCAUUGAAACACCCUGUCCAAAAAGAACAGCACGCUUGGCUCGUCACACCAAUGGGAAAUGCCAACUAUGGUGGGAAACGAAGCGGUCCACAGCAGAGUUUUGAUUCUGUCCGGUAUGACAUAUUUCGUCAUCCUUCGCUUCUUAUCGGGGGAGAAGACGACUUUCAUUGCACAGACGCAAGUUACAUUAGUGACCCCGUUCUUGUUUGUUUUGUUCAUUUUUAAAAACAGAUGUAUACUACUUUUUAAUGUUCAUAAAUAAUAUAGAUUAUUUUUGGAUGGUAUUGCUACAAGAACAUAAAAAUAUUUUAAGAAUUGUAUAAAACAUUUUUUUAAGCUGAUAUUAUAUAGACAAAGUUUUAUGAUUUUUUUAUGAAAACGAUAAAAAAUAAUAAAAAAUGACAA